CAUUUGUCAAAAAGUCGAAAACGAAGAUAGUGGAGGCGCCGCAGUAGAAGAAGCACAAAACCUCAGCACUCCCUCUCUUCUUCCAAACCUGCAGCAAUGGCCAAGGGUGACGAUUCUCUCCUAAAAAAGAAGAACAAAAAGCUUCGAAAAAGACUAAACAGCAAAAAUGACUCCACUUCCGUCUCUGCAAAGAUUGGCGCUGUUAUCGCCGCCAAAAAGCGCCGCAAGGCCGGAAAACGCCGCAACUGCGAGGGAAUGUGCUAUAGUUUACCUACUCUAGAUGAUCCAUUCAAUGAUAGACGCGGGAAACCCGAAUUCAAAACACGGGAGCCUGAAACCCGAAAAGAAAAGAAAGACCGUGUUAAAGGGAAGAGUGCACCCGGCAGGAAAGGUACAGUUGGUGGAAGUAUUUCACGAACUGGAAAUGAUGCCAACAAUAAAAGUUACUCAGAGGAGGAAAAUGUAAAGACGAAUCAGCAGCAUGAUAGUGAAAUUUCAGAUUUCCCUUCGAAAUUUGUAUUUUGGUGUCUGAGUGCGAUUGAGAAUGCACUGCGACAUGAUGAUGCGUACACUGAGGGAGAGGGAAACUCCUUCUUUCUUGACUCAUGGGGGUUAGAAUUUUCGAAGUGUUUUUCUACUGGUAAAGAUUUGAUGGACACCAGUGGGAGCUUUGCUAGUACUGAGCAAAUUGCUUGGAUGGUUUCUGCGGCAGCUGAUAUUUUUGUUAGAAAAGAGAAACAAGGCUUAUCAUUAGAGACCCCCUUUCUUUUGUUCCUCGUCCCUUCUGAAAAGAAAGCUGGCCAGGUUCGAACAGUUUGCAAGCCUUUGAAAUCUCUAGGAGUACAUACAGUGAGUGUUCAUCCUGGUGCUUCCUUAGAUCAUCAGAUUCAAGGUCUGAAAAGUUGUGAGCCUGAGUUUCUCAUUGCUACUCCUGAGAGGCUCUUGGAGCUUGUUUCAAUGAAGGCAAUUGAUAUUUCUCACGUCUCUAUGCUGGUUAUUGACGGGCUCAAUGCUAUUUGUAAUGCUGGCCAUGCCGAUGCAAUAAAAUCCAUCAAGAAGCUUAUUUCUGGCAAUCCCACUCUUGUGGUUUUCAAUGAUAGCAACCAUACAUCUAUCCCAGUAGUUAGGCAUCUUCUGACGAGACCUAUUUGUAGAAUAUCUAUUAAUAAUUCAAUUGCCAGCCAAAGUUCAUGCAUUGUACAGUCGGUUCAAGUGUGUACAUCAGAUGAGGAUAAACAUGUUAAGAGCAUUGAUGUCCUAUGUCAAUUUUGGAGCAGCCAGACUCAUAAUUCAAACCUUCUAUAUAUUUUGAGGAAGGAUGUCAAGUGCAAUAAAUUGGUCAAGACUCUGAAAUCCAUGGGCUGUUCCACGUCACUUGAAUCUGAUGCAGCUACUAUUAAUGAUAGUGUGGAUCCAAAGAGGAGAUUGGUUACAAUGAUUGAUUUGGAAGAUAUCUCUACCGCGGAUAUAGGGAUGUAUGAUGCAAUAGUCCUACCAAGUUUUGUACCCACUAUGGAAAACUAUGAGCAUAUUUUGACAAAAAUGGCCCGUCAUAGUGUCAACGGCAUUUUGUAUGGUUUCUUAACAAAAAGCGAUACAGAACAUGCUGGACCACUCAUCUCAAUUCUUGAACAAUGUGGGCAGGAAGUGCCUGAAACCCUAAAAGAUCUUCAUCAGUCAUCAAAUAUGUCCGAAGAUUGAAAGUUGAAGGUUCUUUGUCAUCCUUUUCUUUUUCUUGUGAGUUGUGAUCAAUUCCAUGUUUGGAAACAGGUUUUCGAUAACACUGCAUUCCAUUUAGAAAAUUUUGUAAAAUUGUCCUUGCUUAGAAUAUUAUAUUUUCUUGUAGUCGAGUGAAGAACAGUAGAAUUUGGCUAGAAACAAAAGUUAUGUCAACUUUUAGCUUUCAAUGCUUUUUCGAUUUUUUUCUCAA